GCGGACAUUCCAUGGUGUGAAUAACAACACGUAAACAAAUCAGUUGUCGGACAGAAACAUGUUGACUUUCAGCAAGAUAUUGCAUUGAUUUGAAUCUAUGAUGGCAACAACCCGUCCUAGGGAGCGGGAAGAAACAUGGGACAAGCUGCAAGAGAGAUUGCAAAGAAGAAGAAAAGAUCAAUUGUCUCGAACUGGUACUGCAAGCAGUAACAAUUCAUAUCGUAAAACGCCCCCUAGAGGUAGAAAUGGAUAUCACAGAACACCACCUCCCAGACAUCUACCAAGUCUGGACUCCCCGCCUGGUUAUAUGACAGCUCCAGUUGAUUCACCAGUUUCUGGUCCUUAUCCAAGUCUGGGACCACUAAGACGAACCUCUUAUGAAGUUGUACCACCACUGAUGCCACACAUUGAUGCAUAUGAAAGAGAUCCCUUUUCAGAUGCUGAUAGUUAUGAUCCCAGAGUAGCAAAAGGUUACAGAGAACCAUAUCGUAGUCAAGACGAUAAAAAACACCAUAGCAACCGUCAUCACUCUAGACCUAAUCCUUAUCAAAACGGUUAUGUAGAUCCAGCCGCUUUCAACCGACUCACUGACCGAACUAAUUACAGUGGACUAAAACACGAUAGGAGUCAUCGUAGCCAUAGUUACCAGCCAGAGAAGUCACAUCAUCAAUCAAUUACAAAUGGCCACACAAGUACUAAUAGAUCUGGAAAAUCAAAAAUACAUAGUUCUUUACAAGAUCCCUAUUCUGAUCUCCGAUACAAUGGACUUAAAAAACCCAUGUAUGAUUCUUAUCCAUCAAUGAAAAAACGUAAAAAGAAAAGAAUCUAUGUGAAGUAUCAUAGGCCUGGAUCAGAUACUUCCAAUCGGACAAGUACUGCUCAGAGUGAACCACAAUAUCUUCCCGGUGAACAGAAAUAUUUGAGUCCCAGUCUGCAAUAUUUACCGGGGAAUGAACGAUCACAAUACGGACAUGCAAAUCCCAAUCUUCAGUAUAUAAAUCCUGAACCAAUGCAUUUAAACCAGUUUGCAUCACCAGGACGAGGCCCUAUAGCUUAUUUAACCGUAGGACCAGGCUAUGCUAAUGACAAUGAACCUAAGGAGUCAGAUCCGGUGAAUUAUCCCAUUCUUCCUGUAGAUGAUGAUGACUUUAGUGGAAGACAUUCAAAGUAUGACCACCUAGGUCCAUUCUUAAAAGGAAGAAAAAAGAAGAAACAUAGACGACGAUUCUCCACACCGGAUGAUGCAGCUGUUGCAAUACAGAGUAUGUAUAGAGGCUAUGCCACUAGGAAGCCCAAAGAGCAUCCUGCUUUUAUUCCGUCCAUUCUUACUUGUGAAGACAUAGUUGAUGAAACUGUAGAACAAAUGGCAGAGGAGAUUGUCAUUGGUGUUACUGAUACAAUAGUUGAUAACUAUAUGACAGAUAAAUGGAAUCAUAAAGACCACAUUGAUGACUAUGGUACUACACUGCUAGAUGAUAUUGUUGUAGAGAGUGUAGAAUUAGUCGUAGCUGAUACAAUCGAAGAUUUGGUACAAGAACAUCUCAAUAAAGCUGCCGUGUACGACUCAUUUAUGGAAAUAUUUGAAGAUGUUGAAAAGCCUUACAUUGAGGAUGCUGUACGAGAAGCCAUCUUUGAAGUGAUACUAGAAGAUUACAUCAGUGAGUUCGUGGAAGAUGAACUGAACGUGAUACACAGUGAGUUAGCACAGGAGACAUUAGCACGUUAUGAUGCGGCCGUUAUCAAAAAACAACUCAAAGACGUUUCUCAACACGCUGGUGAAGUGCUUGUUGACAGUUUUUUUCUGGAUUACAUUCUCACUGUGAUUGCAAGGAAUGGAAAAAUCUGGACUGAGAGAGAAUACUUUGAUAAGUUCCUUGAUGCAACCAUACUGGAUGUAUUAUUUCAUCAGUAUUACAAUGUACGUGAUGAGAGGAAAUGCACAGAAGAGAACAAAUCACUGAAAAAACACCAUGAAAAAGUCACAUCUAAUAUUGCUACUGAUGUGUUAUUAACCGAGCUUUGUGAACAGUUGGAUGAAGACAUGGAGGACUUGCAUGAAUAUGAAGUGGAAUUGGACAAACCAGAGGAGGAAGAAACACCACGGUACACCCCUGACCCAGUGCACCCACCAAUUGAUCUCCGCGACUGGAUGGGAAAAAGUAAUAUUCUAAAAGUGUGA